CCGGGGAAGUCACACUCGGCCGCCGCCGCGGGCGCAGCGAGCGGAGACGCGCCGGGCCGAGGCGACCUGACCUGGACGAGCGGCGCGCGCGGGGGCCCAGGCGGGGGGCGGGAGGCAGCGCCGGGCAGCGCGGGCCGCGGGGCCCGGGAGAAGCGGAGCCGAGAGGAGCGGGGUACACGGGCGGGGCUGCCGCAGCUCCGGAUAGGACCAGCGCCCCGGCCCGUUAGCCCAGGCAGGAGCUUCAGGAGAAGCCGUCACUGGGAGAGUCACCCCUGCCUUUCCCUCCCCUCUGGCCCAGGCCUCGCUUCGCUCCCUGCCUGCCCAUGUCCCAGUCCUUCCGCGCCGGGCGCCCUCCCACCUCAGCCCGGGGCUUUGGCUUUUCGCAGCUCUUUGCCCUCCAGGCCGGGUCAGCUGUGAGGUGUCCCCAGGCCGUUUCUUUGUACCAGCCUCCCCCAAGUCCCUACCCCAUCCCAGGCUCAUAUCCCCCCCUUCUUGGCUUGGGAUUGUCAGGCUACUUCACCUCUCACUGUCCUCAUCCCCGUCGCAGGCCCCCUUGGUCCCUUCCUCCCUCUGCCACCCUAUCCUUAGUCCUUGGACCUUGCUGUAGGCUGGUAGCCCACUCCUUCCCGUCCCAGGCUUCCCCCCAUCCUCUUCUUUCGUGGUCCCCAGCACUUUCCGUAUCCAGGCCGACUAAGCUUGUCCCCACUUCUCUUCCUGGCCCUCUUCCCCAGACUCCAGGCUGGGUGGCGCUUGUGCCUGCCCAGUAGGCCAGAGCAGCCCCUGGUUCGGGGGACCGUGGGUCAGCUGCUCUAUCCCCAUGGCACUGCCAUCCCUGCUACUGGUGGUGGCAGCCCUGGCAGGUGGGGUGCGUCCUCCGGGGGCACGGAACCUGACGCUGGCGGUGGUGCUGCCAGAACACAACCUGAGCUAUGCCUGGGCCUGGCCACGGGUGGGUCCUGCUGUGGCACUGGCUGUGGAGGCGCUGGGCCGGGCACUGCCCGUGGACCUGCGGUUUGUCAGCUCCGAACUAGACGGCGCCUGCUCUGAGUACCUGGCACCACUGCGCGCUGUGGAUCUCAAGCUGUACCAUGACCCCGACCUUCUGUUGGGCCCUGGUUGUGUGUACCCUGCUGCCUCUGUGGCUCGCUUUGCCUCGCACUGGCACCUUCCCCUCCUGACUGCGGGUGCAGUGGCCUCUGGCUUUGCAGCUAAGAAUGAGCAUUAUCGUACCCUGGUUCGCACUGGCCCCUCUGCGCCCAAGCUGGGUGAGUUCGUAGUGACAUUACACGGGCACUUCAAUUGGACUGCUCGGGCUGCUUUGCUGUAUCUGGAUGCUCGCACAGAUGACCGGCCCCACUACUUCACCAUCGAGGGGGUGUUUGAGGCCCUGCAGGGCAGCAACCUCAGUGUGCAACACCAGGUGUAUACCCGAGAGCCAGGUGGCCCUGAGCAAGCCACCCACUUCAUCAGAGCCAACGGGCGCAUUGUGUAUAUCUGCGGCCCGCUGGAGAUGCUUCAUGAGAUCCUGCUUCAGGCCCAGAGGGAGAACCUGACCAAUGGGGACUAUGUCUUCUUUUACCUUGAUGUCUUUGGGGAGAGUCUACGAGCAGGCCCCACACGUGCGACAGGCCGGCCAUGGCAGGACAAUCGAACCCAGGAACAAGCUCAGGCCCUCAGAGAGGCCUUUCAGACUGUCCUGGUGAUCACGUACCGAGAGCCCCCGAAUCCCGAGUAUCAGGAGUUCCAGAACCGCCUGCUGAUCAGAGCCCGGGAAGACUUCGGCGUGGAGCUGGCCCCAUCCCUGAUGAACCUCAUUGCGGGCUGCUUCUAUGAUGGAAUCCUGCUCUAUGCCCAAGUCCUGAAUGAGACAAUACAGGAAGGGGGCACCCGGGAAGAUGGACUUCGAAUUGUGGAGAAGAUGCAGGGACGAAGAUACCAUGGUGUAACUGGACUGGUUGUUAUGGACAAGAACAAUGACAGAGAGACUGAUUUCGUCCUGUGGGCCAUGGGAGACUUGGAGUCUGGCGACUUUCAGCCUGCAGCCCAUUACUCAGGAGCUGAGAAGCAGAUUUGGUGGACAGGCCGGCCAAUUCCCUGGGUGAAGGGGGCCCCACCUUUGGACAACCCCCCCUGUGCCUUUGACUUGGACGACCCAUCCUGUGAUAAAACUCCACUUUCCACUCUGGCAAUUGUGGCCCUGGGCACGGGAAUCACUUUCAUCAUGUUUGGUGUUUCCAGCUUCCUAAUUUUCCGAAAACUGAUGCUGGAGAAGGAGCUGGCUAGCAUGCUGUGGCGCAUUCGCUGGGAAGAACUGCAGUUCGGCAACUCGGAUCGAUAUCACAAAGGUGCAGGCAGUCGCCUGACGCUGUCGCUGGGAAAUGUCGUUGCCAUCAAACAUGUGAAUAAGAAGCGCAUUGAGCUGACCCGGCAAGUUCUGUUUGAACUCAAACACAUGAGAGAUGUUCAGUUCAACCAUCUUACUCGAUUCAUCGGAGCUUGCAUAGACCCUCCCAACAUCUGCAUCGUCACCGAGUAUUGUCCUCGGGGGAGCUUACAAGAUAUUCUAGAAAAUGACAGCAUCAAUUUGGACUGGAUGUUUCGCUACUCGCUCAUUAAUGACCUUGUGAAGGGUAUGGCCUUUCUCCACAACAGCAUUAUUUCAUCUCAUGGAAGCCUCAAGUCCUCUAACUGCGUGGUGGAUAGUCGAUUUGUGCUCAAAAUAACGGAUUACGGGCUGGCUAGCUUCCGAUCAACUGCUGAACCAGAUGACAGUCAUGCCCUCUAUGCCAAGAAGCUGUGGACUGCUCCAGAACUUCUUAGUGGGAACCCCCUGCCAACCACGGGCAUGCAGAAGGCGGAUGUCUAUAGCUUUGCCAUCAUUCUGCAGGAAAUAGCGCUCCGCAGUGGUCCUUUCUACUUGGAAGGCCUGGACCUCAGUCCCAAAGAGAUUGUCCAGAAGGUGCGAAAUGGUCAGAGGCCGUAUUUCCGGCCAAGCAUUGACCGGACACAACUGAACGAAGAGUUAGUUUUGCUGAUGGAGAGGUGCUGGGCCCAGGACCCAACAGAACGUCCAGACUUUGGGCAAAUCAAGGGCUUCAUUCGCCGGUUUAACAAGGAGGGUGGUACCAGCAUAUUGGACAACCUCUUGCUUCGCAUGGAACAGUAUGCCAAUAACCUGGAAAAACUGGUGGAGGAGCGCACACAGGCCUACCUAGAGGAGAAGCGCAAGGCUGAGGCUCUGCUGUACCAAAUUCUACCCCACUCUGUGGCAGAGCAGUUAAAACGGGGAGAGACGGUUCAGGCGGAGGCCUUUGACAGUGUCACUAUCUACUUCAGUGACAUCGUGGGCUUCACAGCGCUGUCAGCUGAGAGCACCCCCAUGCAGGUGGUGACACUUCUUAAUGACCUUUAUACCUGCUUUGAUGCCAUAAUCGACAACUUUGAUGUCUACAAGGUGGAAACCAUUGGGGAUGCCUACAUGGUGGUAUCUGGCCUUCCGGGCCGAAAUGGUCAGCGCCAUGCACCAGAAAUUGCUCGAAUGGCUCUAGCAUUACUAGAUGCAGUUUCUUCCUUCCGCAUUCGCCAUCGACCCCACGACCAGCUAAGGUUACGCAUAGGCGUCCAUACUGGGCCAGUCUGUGCUGGGGUUGUUGGCCUGAAGAUGCCCCGGUACUGUCUUUUUGGAGACACAGUAAACACUGCUUCUCGAAUGGAGUCUAAUGGUCAAGCUCUAAAGAUCCAUGUCUCCUCGACCACCAAGGAUGCCCUGGAUGAGCUAGGAUGCUUCCAGCUAGAACUCCGUGGGGAUGUGGAGAUGAAGGGAAAAGGAAAAAUGCGAACUUAUUGGCUCUUAGGAGAGCGAAAAGGACCUCCUGGACUCCUGUAAAUCCCAAGCAGACAAUUUCUUGCUGUUGGUACUUGGAUGGGCAAUGGUCACUGUGUCUCCACUUGACAGAAACAGACGUCAUAUGAGAUGGAAAAUAUGCAUAUACACAAUCCCCCUGCCUUAUCUGGAAGUCAUAUAAGCCCUCUGCCGCUCAGCCUUGUACAUAUGCCUGCCCCUCCCUAUCUUGGUCCUCUUCCUGCCUUCUGUAAAUACCUGUAUCUAGACCAGAAUAUUUUGUCCAAGUAUAAAACAACAACAACAAA